AUGAGCAGCUCUCCCAUAGGGGACAAUCUGCCCGUGGGAGCGGGUGGAGACGUGUUGAUCAAGGUAAAGACAUUAGAGCCAGCGACGUACGAGGUCCACGUUGACAGACAGAUCACGGUCAGUGACCUCAAGCAGAAGCUCGAGGGCAUCAUUCAAAACUCUCCCGCAAAUCGGCAGCGCAUUAUAUACCGCGGGCGUGGCCUGUCCGAUGAGCGCACACUUCAAGACAUUGACACCUUAGCGGUUCUCCCCAUGAAUUCCCUUUCCUCUCCAGGAGUGGAGAAUGGCGAUACGCUUCACAUGGUGGUACGGCCUGCCGACGCACCAGCCACAACAGGUGGUGGUAGCCAGCAGGGGCCAUCGCAACCACAGUCUGCGGAAAAUCGGCUCGAGGAGGAUACACGUCGGAUCCUGGAGCAAAUCAACCAGACGAUGAACCUCAAUCUGGGCAUGGGCUUCAACCUUGGAAACUCGUUGG